GCUAUCGAUUGUCUUUUCUCUUUUUGUAAUUUCUAAAGCAUCUAAAAGCGAUUGCUUUUAGUUUUUAAUGCUGAAGAAUAUCAAGUAAUUGCAUUGAGUAGUGACAACUCUUUUUGUUUUCCGAUAACCUUGGUUUUACAACAUAACGCGGCUACCUGUGAAAUAAUACAGGCGGUUGUAAUAAUCAAGACGCAAUAAGAGAUACAUAUAUUUAUUAUGAAUCAGGUUUUGAAACAAAAGCUUUGGGUUCAAAGGAUUCUUGGUAAAGGGCUAUUUUAGUGCAAAAACACGUAGCGUGUAACGUCUUUUCGAUAAUAAGUUUUCAAACGAACGUGUUUCACACUAGAACUAGUUCAGUUUUUAUGAAUUCUUGGUUAGUUUGUACACUUUUGUAGUUCUGUUUAGAGGAUUUCGUAGAAGCUUUAAAUUUACAGCGUCGUUCUCACAACCGAAGUGAUUAUAUGUAUUUGGCGAGGGUGAUAUUAUUCCAUAUUGUCUUCUAAAAUCACAAAAAAGAGAUUUUUGUAUUAAUGUUGGAUAAUCAUACCCGAUACUAAUCAAAAUAGAUUCUAAAUAUUAUCUCUUCUUCUUUUAUUCCAUAAUUUCAAUACUCAAGUAAGACCUUUCAUCGUUUUACGGAUCAAGUCUUUGAAAUUUACCCCUAGGCUUUGGUAUUCUUGUAUUAGUAGUUCGUAACGUAACCAAUUGUAAAGGUCGCAGGGUAACAUUGUUACCUCAAGUGUCCUCUGAACGUUCUUGUUAUUUCGCAGGAUGAUUUCUUGUGCCAAUCUCGUUUCGGAUGUAAAUUCUUCCAUAAUCAAUGUUCUUCCUUAAUCUUUAUACUCAAUUUCGGAAAUAACUCCAAAUUAAGCAAUAUAAUAUUUCACUAUCCCGGUUAUUCCAUUGUUGCAAUCUAUGUGGGUUUUUUCAAUAACAUUAGCAUUUGUAGCCUAUUAAUUUUGUCAAGAUAGAAGUGUUUUAUCGCACAGGAAAACGUAUUUUCCUCGUUGACUGGAUCUAUUGCAAUUGGGUUACGUAUUUUACAUUAUUUGGGUACAAAAUAUUACUCGCCUCUUUUGUCUAGUAGUAAAUUUAUGCGUCGAGUCAUGACCAGCAAGCAACAGCGUCUAAAAUGACGGCUUUGGUCUACGUCAUCCGUUUCCUCUCCAUACGUACGUAGCAGUACAUGACGCAAUUGGCUUUUUCAAUGUCUUAUCUACAGCGAGGUAUGUUGUCAUUCGCCGAGUGGUCGUCGAGCUGCGCGCACGCCGCUCACCGCACGAUUUAUUUUUGUUUUAUUUGUGUCUUUUUGCUUUUUUAUAGUCGUCGAGGACAAAGUGACGAAUUGCGCGCCUGUAUUGUGCCAGUGUUUUGAACUUUGUGACAUUGGAGUUACCAUUUUUAAAGUGAUCAAGUCUUAGUGAAUUGCCGAACAUGUUUAUGUCAGGGUUCUUCAUCAUUUCCCCUGAUUUAUUUAGAAUGACGCCGCAAGAGGAGCGCGAGAGCUCACGCGGCGCGGAGAUCGCCGACGCCUUCGAGGACGACAUGUUUGGACCGCCACGCACUGAGCCCGCCGCUAGGCCCAAGCUCUCCAUGAUCUCGGCGCGCCUCCGCGCUAAUGAAGAACGAAAGCGGGUCAUUGAGAUCUGCUCACAAAAAUUAGAGAAUAUUGAAGACCCCGCGCGAGACUUAAGGCGUUCAGUGUGCAUUAACAACACAUACUGCCGACUGAGUGAAGAGGCGCGCCGAGAGAAAGAGGCGAGACGACGACGAGCGCGGGAGGAGUGCGAUGACUCGUGGGUAGGGAAGAAGGCGCGACGUGCUGUCGAGGACGAGUGCCUAGCACUACUCGACGCCAUCCCUGAGCUGGGCGACGCCAACCUUGGCUGUGCACAGUUAGCGCGACAGAUGCCACGACAAGACGUGCCCCUGCUGCCUCCUGGGCUUUUAACCGUUCUGGACUCAUGACCGCGCCGUCCUGCGCACCUCCACACCUCACUGUAAGCGAACCCUGUGUUCGCGUGCUCCUGAUGCGAGUCGCAGGCUGCGUGCCGCGCGCGUCCAGACGCUCGGCUGCCGGAGACGGCGCUCCGGCCCGAGCCCGCGGCGGUUCACCACUGUGGCUCAAGAAUCACUGGACUAUUGAUUCGUGUUUAUAGUUUACGUUACCCGGAACGGACUGUCGACGUUUAGCCAAUUCUUUGUUGUUUAAGAAGAGUACUUACUUUGUUAGCGUGUUUUUUAUUAUUUAGUGAAAGUUGCUCAGGCGCUGCCGACGGGCGCGGUCCAAUUAGUGUUCAACGAUUAAUUUUUAUCGAACAGAGGACUCUGAAUGUGUGUUGUCGCUACAGUGAGGCGGCGCACUGCCCUCACUUGUAGUGCAAGUUUAACGGUUCAUAACGGAGGCAUAGUUUUAAGUGAUAAUUAUUAUGUUAUAUUAUUGUACUGUAAAGUAAAUAGUGAUUAAGAGAUAGUGCAAAACGACUGGGAACGGUUGCGUAGAUGAGCGGUAACAAAACUUCCACGCUUACUUAGUUUUAUUCGAAUAGUAUUAUUUUGUGCUGCCUUUGUGAGAUCGGUUACACGUAACUGAAUAGAGUGAAAACAGUUCUCGAUGCACACAUACACGUCUGUGAUUGGAAUAAUAAGGAUGAUAAUGUUGGCAGCUUGGAAACAAGUCCUAAUGGAAUAUUUUUCAAUUUGAGUAUAAUUGCUAACAAAACUAAUAGUCAGUAAGAUGAUAAAGGAAAAUUUGUGACGUAUGUGUGUGUGUGUCAUCAGUAACUCGAUGGCAUUUUAGUUUCCUUAUCAAAUGUGGCGCGUGUCGACGUAGAGGACACUAACGUUCGCCCAACAUUGGCGGCCAACAGCCAACGUUUGCACGCGCUCACAUUUUGCUAACAAGUCCGAGAGUUACUUUGAACGAGUUUUGUUUUACUUUAUCGUUUUAAGUUUUAUUUAAACGUUUUUUUUGUUUUGUACAUUUAAAUGUUACCCUAUUGCUUAUUAUGACCAUUUAAAGCUUUGUUACCAUUAUUAUGAUAUUUAAUUGGGUUGUAUCUGAGUCUUAGAGAACUAUCGUGACAUUGUUAAUUUAUUUUGUACAAACUUUAUUUUCCUCUUACGAACGUUGGUAAUAUACCUUUAAAUAAUUUCAAUAUCAGACUUGCAACAAGUGUUAGUCAAUUUUAAACAACGUUCGUAAGUUGGGGGAUUGUGUGUAAUAAAAAGGGUUACUUAUCAUGCGGUUGUGCAAUAAGAUUGAAAGCAAUCAAUCGUUCGAUUGUGCAAUUGAUCCAUGGAACAAGCGAGUUCCUUUUCUUUUGAAAUCUUAAUUGUCGCAAAAUAUAUCGCUAGUAGCCCGUUUCGCCCCCUCUGAAUAGUAAAUAGGUGGGGGGCGCGCGGGGGCGCGGCGCGGCGCGGGCGGGGGCGCGGUGGGCGCCGGCCGUGGUGUGGGUCUCUGCACCGUUCCCAGCACUCCUGUGAUAUUAGCCUAGCCUGUGUGUCGUAUUUGUGCUAGUUUCCCAACCGACUUGUUUGGAUAUUGUGCUUGUAAAAAAGCUUAAAAAAUUAAUUCCUUUUCUAUAUCGGCCAUUUUAUACGGAUUAACCGAAUUUUGAAUGUCGUUUACCCGACGGUAGGAUCGCAUUUAGAGUUUCGAUCACAAUUUGUGACGAGUAGAUGAUUUUGUUUUGAUCAUUUGGUAUGUUGUAUGUAAUGUUGAAUAAUCAUUAUUGUAUUAUAAAAUUUAUAAAGUUAGACGCUUGUACACUUAGCUGUUGCCCUUAUUAGGGGAUAAUGAUAAGAUGAUAAUAUGUCUACAAAAUGAAAUUCAUACAAAAAUGAUGAUUAGUGUUCUAAUACAUUUCGGUCACUAGUUGUUAAAAUUUGCAAGCAAAAUGUACUUUAUUAAUUGAAGAUAAAACGCACAUAUUUACAGAUAAGUAGAUUUUUCAAAAUACUGUAAGCGGUCACGUGUGUGAGCGCACAGAAUUCAGUAAUCGAACUGCGAGUUGUCAUGUAAGAAGUUGAUAAAUGUGAAGCAAGUUUUGUAUCAAUGAAGUCUAUUGUCCUAUAACGGGUUUUUAUUUUCUAACGUAUCAAGUGACCAAGAAUUGUUUUGAUCGUGCUUUCUAACAUUCCUAUCUGCUUGUCAUUAAUGGCAACGCGCCGUAAGGAGAAUGAUUGUACUGGUACUAUUACUUGUUGAAACGUGACGACUCCUUGGACGAUGUGAGAUUCUUAGAAAAUAAAUAAUUUAAUACCGAGCCUCUAGCUUUAGUCAUUCAAUCGUGUUGAUCGGAAAAUGUAAGAAAAAGAAAAGGAUGUUGCAGACUAUCACAUUAUUGAAUCAAACUCGUUUGUUUCACUCGCGCUCCACGGUAGUGAGCGAGACAAAGAAUGUAUCGAGAUGAAUGUGUUGAAAGAAAUUGUAAUAUUGUGUCGAUAAUACUCCAAAGCAAUUGAAUAAUUUUAUUGGUACCGUGUGAGGUUGAGAUUUAAAUAAACUAAAUAGUUGAGCUUAUUUGGAAUUUUAUUUACUUGGCACUCCUGCAUAUUACAAUAAUAGAUUCCCCAGUUGUUUUUCAAUAUCAGGCAUUGGUGAGUCAGUGGAUCAGUUGAAAUGAUUGAGUCAUCGGUCAGACCUAAAAUACGAAACUACAAAGAAUGAACAAGUACGUACAGACAGACGAAUUCAUUUGGGUAUUAAUCAGGUUAUAAAUAGAAAUGUAAUGAAAUUAGUGGGAGACACAGCGAGCUCAGCGGCUGGAUGUGACGGGAAGAAAGGGUUGAUGUAACAGUUGUUCACGAAUUGGAAAUAGAUAUGAGUAAUACCAAUAUUCUGACGUACAAACUCAAACAUUAGUACACAAAACCAUAUGAUCCGAAUCCUAAAGAUUAUUUAGAAAUCAAGCUCACACAUUCUCGAAUACAAACGCCGAUAAUUACCUCUUAAAUGUAACUAAGUAUUAUAAUAAUUUCUUCCUAUCUUAAGUCAAUUUUUGGACAGUUUUCCUGUUCUUUCUUUUUAUCAUCACCAUCAUCGUCUACUGUUGAACGUAGGUCUUCCCCAAUGACAUCAUUAUUGCUUUUAAUUC